AUGCGUGGCUAUUCCGUUCAAUCACACUACACAAGUGGGAAUGCCAUUUUGAUUCCUACCAGACGAGACAUCUUGGACGUUCUGGAACAUCCUCACCGUUUUGAUCCGGAUACGAUUGAGGUAGAAGUAUAUCUCUCGAACGAAGACAAAUACAUUCUCAAAAGGAACCUCCGAAAGAUUGCCGAUGUGACAAGGCAGAACAUUGGCUGCAGAAAUGCGUUUGUCCUUGCGAUGAAACCAACCGAGACAUUGCGGUCAUUCAUUGAACCCAAUGAAUCUCGAAACCCCUAA